AUGUCUUUAGGUUACACGGUCAUGAAUUCCAAAGAAGUAGCUUUAUUGCAGAUAUUAGUAGAAAAUGUGCAGAAAAAUCUAGUGGUUUGCUUGAUUUGCAAAAAACAAAUUUGUCAUGACAUUUCAAAAACAAGUUCAAUUCAAGUUUAUCAUAUUUCCACAUACAUCUCUCAGAUUGAGAAUGCAAUAGCUCGUACAAAGGUGUUUCUAGUUCUUGAUGAUGUUGAUAGUCUCGACCAUUUGGAUGCAUUACUUGGAAAGAAAGGUUUUCAUCCUGGAAGCAAAAUCAUAAUAACAACCAAGGAUGCCUCGUUGACAGAAAAAUGUGAGCUAUUCAACCAGAUAGUUCGACCCAAGCAUACAAAGCACUUACUUCAAGGCUUAGAUGAUUAUAAUUCACUACGACUUUUAAGUUCGUGGGCAUUCAAGCGCAACAGUCCAAAGGAAGGUUAUGAAGAAGUUUCAGAUACACUUGUUAAGUAUUGUGGGGGACAUCCAUUGGCUCUUAAAGUUCUGGGCAGGUCUCUAUGGAAUAGAGAUGUAGCUAGAUGGAAGGAUUGCAUAAAAAGGCUAAAGGAAGAACCUGAUUCAUGUAUUAAAAACGUCUUGCAAAUGAGCUUUGACUCUUUGCCAUCUACAGAAGAUAAGGAACUGUUUAAGCACAUUGCUUGUUUUUUCGUUGGAGAAGGUAGAGAAUCAACCGAAACAAUAUUAAAGGCAUGUGGGUUCCACACAGUACUCGGGAUCGAGAAUCUCAUUGAUAGAUGCCUUCUUUGGAUUAGUCAAGAUAACAAGUUGAUGAUGCAUCAAUUGCUUCAAGACAUGGGAAGAGACAUAGUACACCAAGAAUCACCAAACAGGCCAGAGGAGCGAAGUCGAUUAUGGUGUCAUAAAGAGUCAUUCAAAGUGUUGAAACAAAAAAAGUGUAAGAGGAACCUUCAAGGCCUUGCACUUGACAUGAGAAUGCUUGAGAAAGACAAGUUACAUGAGUUGGAAACUGAUGCGUUCAGUAAGAUGGAUAAUAUAUUGCUACUACAACUCAAUCAUGUGCAUCAACUCAAGGGGUCCUAUAAGAAUUUUCCACAAGACUUAAGAUGGUUGUGUAUGCAUGGGUUCCCUUUAGAGUAUAUUCCUCCAGAUUUACAAUUGGAGAAUCUGGUUGUUCUUGACAUGUCUUAUAGCAAGCUGGUAUCUUUUGACAUGUCUUACAGUGACUCGCAACAACUGGAGAACAGGCGAAAGUUGACUGGAUUGGGCUCUAUCUGUGAACAACUGUGUAGUCUCUGUGGCCUUUUGGAACUCCCCAUACUGGAGAAUAGGCAAAAGUUAACUGGAUUGGGCUCAAAAGAAAACCCCUCGCUUAGAUCAUUAAAGAUUCUCAAUCUAAGUUACUGUGAACAGCUUCGUAGUCUUGGUGGCUUUUCCGAAUUCUCCGCACUUAAGAGGUUAAUACUUUCAAAUUGUACAAGUUUGAUUGAGAUUUGUGAGUCAAUUGAGCAAUGUGAUGGACUUGAGCUCAUUGAUCUGAGUUAUUGCAAUGAAGCAAGGAAGCUUGUAAGAACGAUAGGCAAGGUAAAGAAUGUCAAAAUACUGAACUUAGAUGGUUGUAAUCUCAAUGAAUUUCCGAUCGAGAUGAGUUAUCUGGAGUUACCAGAAAUGGUCAAGGCUAACAACAUUGUCAUACACUCGCAAACCUCUUCCUCUGCCAUUGUGGAGGUUAUACCGAGAGAUUUCAAGUCCUCUGGGAUUUAUUUACCAAGCUCGUUAGUAUGCUUGUCACUUCAACAUAAUCAUUUGUCCAACGAAUCUUUUCCAAUGGACUUUAGUAGCCUAUUCAUAUUGAAGGAGUUAUAUUUAGAUGGUAAUGAUAUCGUUUCCAUGCCCAGUUGUGUGAGAACCCUUCAUAAGCUUGAGAAACUUAGUAUUGAGGAUUGUGCUAGACUGACGACAAUAGAGCAUCCUCCACGUACACUAAAACACUUGAUAUUCAGUGUCGCGCGUAAGUUGGGGAAAGUUGUAUUCGAUCAAGAUAUGUCUCCAAUCAAGUUAAGUGGGAUGCGAGGUGCGGGGUCUUUCAUUGAAGGCAUGUUCAAAGAGGAAGAUAUGGCAGAUGUUGAGGAAGCGUUAUUACAUAGUUUGGGGUGGACUAAUUUAGACUUCACCGAAAUUCAGCCUAUAGGAUCUAAAGUCAAGAUGCUGUAUGGAUUUGGAAUAUUCAGCACAUUUUAUGUUGGGAAGGAGAUUCCGAACUGGAUUAGUAAAAGAAGCAAGGGACCAUCAAUAUCAUUUACCAUCCCAUCAUCUCCUAACAACCUUAGAGGACUCAAUAUCUGCUUCGUGCUUGUGGUUCGAAAUAAGAUCAGUAUCUAUUCCUUCGUAGAUAUCAAGAUUAGUAAUAUAGCACAGACGCGCAGCUGGAUAUAUACUUGUCCUGUGUUCUUUAAGGAAACUGGAGAGGGUAUAACAUAUUUAAGCCAUUGGAUGUUUGGGAAGAAUGAGAUGGGAAAUGGUGACCAUAUUACUAUUUCCAUGUUAAAGGAGUAUGAUGAUGAUGAUGAUUUUAGUAUAAGGGAGUGUGGGGUGAGUUUUGUGUAUGAUGAAGAUGAAGAAGAAGAUGUGUUGGGUUAUUACAAGUCAUGGAAUCAUAUCAUUGGUCGGGAUCUCUCUUCUUUUCAGACAACUACUCCCGGAGAAUAUCACCUAUACAUCGGGCACUUUCUGGGGUCCAACUCUAUCACGAGUUAUGUAGAUGGUAGUGGUGAUGGUGUAACGGUAGUAGUGGCUGUGUUGAUGAUUGUGGUGACGUUGGUGACAACAGUGGUGGGUGAAGGAGAUGGUGGGGGUGGGGGUGAAGGCAUCAAUGGUAACGACGAUGUUGACAACCCUCGUGGUGAGAUUGAAUAUAAUGGAGUAAUAUAA